AUGCUCCGCAACGCUCUCGCCAGCCUGCGGACAGCCGCCGCCGACGCCGUCGCCGCCCAGAAGCGAUGCUACGCCACCGGCCUCUCCAACAUCGGCCCCGCCAAGGGUUCCACCCGGACGAACACCCGUCUCGGUCGUGGUCCCGGAUCGACAAAGGGCGGCACCUCCGGCCGCGGCCACAAGGGCCAGAACGCGCGUUCGGGUAACGGCAAGCCCUCGCCCCAGUUCGCCGGAGGCCAGACGCCUCUCUACAAGCUGAUGCCGAAGAAGGGUUUCCUCAACUUUACGCGGCGCGAGUACGCGCCGCUCAACAUUGCCAAGCUGCAGUCCUGGAUCGCGCAGGGACGCAUCGACACGGGCGUGCCCAUCACCAUUGGGACGGUGAUCCGGAGCAACCUCGUGCACGGCAUCAAGGGCUGGAGCGGCGUCAAGCUCCUCGGCAAGCCGGACCCGAAUAUGCCCCUCCCGCCCAUUGAGCUCGAGCUGUCCCGGUUCUCCAAGACGGCCGCCAAGGCCGUCAUCGACGCCGGCGGCAAUGUUACGGCCGUGUACCACACCCCGCUUGGAUUGAGGCAGGAGAUUUGGCCCGAGAAGUUUGCUGGACGCGAGAUUCGUAAUGCUGCCCCCAUUAGGCGGACAGACAUUGAGUACUACACCAACCCCAAGAACCACGGAUACCUCGCCAAGUACCCCGAGUUCAACCCCCACCACGACAAGAUGUUCCCGCCUCCCGUCGAGGCCAAGGAGGGCGAGGAGGCUGGCGAGGGCAAGGCCGAGUCCAAGUAG